CCCACGUUCUGCAAUUAAACCCUGUGUAACAUUGACUUCAUAUUGUUGUCUGCCAUGAAUAGAUCGCUCUUCUACCUUGCACUGGUCAUUGCCAUUUCAUUUCCAUUAUGAUUCAUCGAUCGCGUAUUCUACUUGCUUUAUCUAUGGUAGCAGCCGUUCACGCUGCGCCGCCUUAUCCUCCCGAUGUCGCAUCUCCGACCAAUGACAAGAUGAUCCAAGCUGAGAAUGAAGACAUCAUCAACGAAUUGACCGAAAACUUUGCUGGCAACGACAACAAUGACGACAGUGCGCUGAGUGACGAGAGUGACAUGGUUGAAGAAAUCAACGACGAGAACCUGGAUACGGAACCGGACCAAGAGGGGGUGUAUGCCAGCGCGGCUAUUCAUGCGGCGGACACGAUCCAAAAAGACGAAGACGAAACCCCUAUUUCCGCCGAUGCUAUCGAAGAAGAAACAGAGAUUGAAGAUCAAAUGGAGGAUGGCAAUAUCAGUGAUGUAGAUACUGACGUCGCCAAUGAUGCUGACGAUGACAAUGACGAAGGAGAGGAGGAAUUGGAUAUGGAUGAACCCAUGGACGACGGUGAAGAGGAGGCCACUGAAGACACAGUCGAUGAAAACGAACCCGUGACAGAGGACGACAACGAAGAUUUGCACAUGGACGAAAUCGCCGAGGAAGAUUCAGCGACGGAUCCAGUAGCAAACGAAGACGAUUCGAUUGAACAAGAUGAAGUAUCAGUGAAUAAUACUCAUAAAAGCAUUGAUUCGGAUGAAAUUCUCAAGCAGGCCUUUGAAAAGGAAUUGGAAGCGUUGAAGCAAGGUCAACUUAUGGAUGGGGAAGCUGAUGAUACCAGCAUUGAUUCUACAGCGAUUCUGAAGGAGGCCUUUGAAAAGGAACUGGAAGCCUUUAAACAAGGCCACGGCAUCGAUGCGACGGAACCGACCGACAUGGAAGGUUCCUCCACGGUCGAUGAUGCAGCCACCCACACGGAAGAUGCAGAAGAUUUUCCAGAAACACCAUCCUUUUCCGCUGAUCCUUUAGCAGACGUAUCAACAAGUGACAAGAAGGAAUGGACGGAUGGUGAACCGGAUGAAAAUUUCACGAGUGAGCCGUUAGACAACACAUCCACCGACCAAACUACCACUAACGAAACCGAGGAUCGGUUCAAUAUCGCAAUGUCCGAGGCGGCCAUGGAUGAAUCAUGGGAAGAGGAAAUGGAGGAUGGUUCCAGUGCCUCUUUUGUGGAAGAAGCCACGGAGGAGUUCGAUGUCUCAUCCCCCGAGGAAGCCACAGAAGAUGCCCUCAACGAUGUUACGGAAGAGGCAGAUUCGGAACUCGAUACCACGACAGUAGUCGAAUCUUUCCAACCCAACUCAGAAAUGAAAACACCAUUUAGUAAACUUGAACCUACACUUGACGCACUGGACCAAAAAAAUCCUUUCCGAGACCCCGUAACUACCGAGUCUUCACUCUAUACACCGGAAGACCGACUGAUAACAAAUGAGAAUAUCAUGAUUGGAAGCGACAGCGACGAAAGCGCCUAUUCCAACACCACCUUACUGCUUAUCUUUGCCGUCCUUGUCUUGAUUCUUUUAAAGCUACCCAAAUUUCGCGUAAGUUUUUCGGAAAAAAUAGUUACACACACAACAUUCAUGUCUUGACGCCAAAAAAUGCAUUCACUUUGUAUAGAGUCGCGCUUUCAACCGAAGCAAGGAGGCUUCUCAUUUACCGGUAAGUUGGUCUUUAUUUUUAUUUAUUUGAAUUUUCAAUUUGGCCAUGUACAGUUACGGUUGGUCCCGAAAAAGGAAAUUACAAGAUAUAUUGAUACAGCGGUUUUUAUGGUUUAUAAAUAGCAGCACUAUCAUCAAUCCAUGAAGCAAAGCAUGGAUUAAAAAAGCAACACCUAUUUUAACCGCG